AUGGAGACAAGCAACUACUCCCACCUCCGAGAAUCCCUCACCCCAGCAAUCCUCCAAAAAUCCACCCUUUCCCCGAACCCCGCCACAGACCUGGAAGACCUCAGCGACUUCCUGGACUACCUAACCCAAGAACUCUACGCAUUCCUCCCACCACCCCUCCAAAUCGCCACACCCCUCUCCACCCCCACCUCCACCCCCUCCACCCUCCACGCCCUGAUCCCCCCACUCUCCACCCUCCCCCUAUCGAUCGCCGAAUCGCUGAUAAACUACGACAUAGUCCCCGACACCGACGACGUCCAGAAGCUGAUCUCGCGCGUGCUGUCGGAGUAUAUCGAUGCGGCGUGCACACCUCCGCCGGAGUGGACGGGGGCGGGCGGUAGGAAGGAUACCUGUGAGAUCUGUGAGAGGACUGGAGUUGGAAUCACGUAUCAUCACCUGAUUCCGGUACGUUUUCUCUUCCUCUGAUCUCGUCCGGGAGGAGGAGUUGACAUUUGGGUUGAUGAAUGGAAUGGCUAUGAUCAUCAUAGAAAUCUACGCAUGCAAAAGUACUCAAGAGGAAGUGGCAUCCGGAGGUUAUGCUUAAUAGCGUUGCGUGGCUCUGCCGGUUUGUCUGCCUUUCUUUUACACUCUUUAUCAUUAUAAAUUUUUUUUUCUUUUUUCCCUCCUUUUUUUUGGUUGGAGUUGAUCGUUUUGGUUUAUCCGUUACCCAGAUCGUGUCAUUCUACCGUCCAUCGUUGCGCUUCGAACGAAGUCCUGGCUAGGGAGUAUUAUACCGUCGCGCUAUUGCUCGAGAGGGAGGAUAUACAGAGGUGGAGGGCGUACGCGUCCAGGCAGAGGUGCAGGAGUGGGCUUAGGAAUUGGUGAGGAUGGUGUUGGGCGUGCUGUACUGUACUGUACUAAACUAUACUCGUACUAGGUAAAUUGUAAGAGUGGUUUUAUUCUUGG